AUGAUAAUAUCUAAGCUUCUGGCAAUUGCAAUAAUCACGUUGUUAAUUUUUCUAUCACUUAUUCACUCCGAGCUGAGUUCGAAAAGAUCAUUAAUGCUUUCUAAUGUUUAUUAUUCAACUGAAAAAUCACAGGAACUCUUUAAUAACGCUUCAGACAACAAUGCAUUACAUGAAAAAGUAUCUUUGGAAUUAUUAGAAGCCGCAAAAGUACAAGUUUCAAAUGUUGAUGUUGAUUCUAGUACACAGUCUAAUAAUUUUUUGGAUUUGAAUUUAAGAAAUGAACCAAACAACAAAAUGGAAAAAAUAAAUAAUAGCCAAAAAUCAUUUGAAGAUUUAAAUGGCUUAUUGAAAACGUAUAAAAAUAAAUCAAAAACAUUUGAUGGAUUGUUUCAUCAUAAAUUAUUUCAAGAUGCUUCACUCGAAUCUCCUUUAUCCAGUAUUAAUUCCUCAUUGAUUGUUGAUCGUGAUAAAUUGAAAAGAAGUAUACACCGUAAUAGAAUUGAUCAAAAUUCAAUGAAUAUCAAAAGACCAGAUAGCGAAGUCAUUUUAGAUGCUAGCGUAUACAAAUUCAACAGACAGCCGAACAGACUUUUAAACAAAUAUAAUGAACCCAUGGUUGAAUCCGAUUUAAAUUCUCCAGGCGAAGAUAUUCAAGUCGGUUAUGAUAAAAAUUAUUUUACCGAUCAAGAGGUAAAUUAUGAUGACGACCAUGGUGGGAAUGGAUAUGGUUAUGGUAUUCACAGGCAUACUGGUCGCUAUGGAGGAAACGGAAUGUCCAAUGGUGAAAAUCACGGUGGAUGGUAUAAUGAUCGUAUAAUACGAUACAGUCAUCCUGCGCCCAUCAUAGCAGAAAUUCACAGACCACAAAAAUCGUCGAUUGAUUGGAAUAAAAUUGGAAUACUAGCUCUGCUAAAAAUUAGUCUUGUUAAGUUUAAAAUUUUUGCAUUCUUGAAAAUCGUGUUUCUGAUGUUACUCAAACUUAAAAUAGUAUUGAUACCGAUAUUUUUUAAAUUUCUUUUGUUGUUAAAAUUCUUAAAACUACUUAAACUUCUUUUAAUACCUUUCAUUAUUUUAAUAUUAUUACCUUUAUUGUUACCACUUCUUUUGCCUUUACUUUUACCGCUAAUACUUGGACCUUUAAUGAGGCUAAUAUCGCUUUUUACGGAACCAGUAUUGAUUCCUAACAGUGUAAAUGGCACAUCACCACUCAGCUUAACAAGAAGCCAAUUUGAACCUUAUCAAAUUUUGGAUCCAGGAACGGUAGUAUUUCGUAAUAUCAUCCAGUCAGAAAAAUGCGUCGAAAGAAUCGCUUGUAAAGUAGCUGUUGUUGAAAAAUCAGGCAUUAUGUCGACAUGGAUAAAUUGGGUACUACGCCGAAUAUCAAAAUAUAUUUCUAAUAAAGCUCUUAAUACCUAUCUAUCGACAUACGAAGAAGUAAAUAAUUAUCUAAGCAAGAAAUUACCAGUUCCAGACGAUUGGUCACAAUGGUGUAUUGAAAACUACAAUUGCAAUUCCAAUGAUGACGAUUUGAAUAUAAUUAAAUAA